AGGUGGGACCAGACCCGCCCUUGCCCAGCUUCCUAUAAGGGCAGAGGACCUGGGACUGCAGGUUCACACACCAUGAGGCUGUCUAGAAGACACAGGACCUUCCUGCUAGCUUUUGCACUGCUCUGCACCCUCUUGGGUCUUGGGUGCCCUCUAAGCUGUGAAGUGUGCAAGGGCUCGGGACACACAUGCAGCGGGAAAAUGAAGACCUGUGAUGCCGACAAAGACGCAUGCGUGGUUCUCGUGAGCGAGUCCAGCACAAAGGGCCGAAAGUCAGUGAGCACCUUCAAGGCCUGCACGAAGUUUAAAGACUGCUACUCUGGCUUCGUAUCUACCACCAUGAGUCCCAAUGACUACAUGGUGUCCAACGCCCACUGCUGUCAGAGCGACGGUUGCAACAGUGUCUCGGUGCCCCUUCCCCAUAACAAUCGGACGGAGAACGGCCUGAUGUGUCCCUCCUGCAUUGUGCCCUUCCAAGAGACGUGUCCAGGGACUCAGACAGCUCGUUGCGUGGGCCCGGAAACACACUGCAUCUAUUUUGCUGGCAAUGUGCAGGCUGGUAUUAUCAACACGAAAUUUGCCACGAGAGGCUGUGCCACAGAGAGCGCCUGCCACACCAAGGCUGGAGCCGAGGUGCCUUCGGCUUCCUACCUCUACUUCCUGCGCCGGGCAGACUGCCUGCCUGCGCCCUACCCGCCUGGCAGGGGUGAGUGAAGACUAAGGAGUAUGUGUUUUGCGGUCCCCAUUUGUCCUCGGCCUGCAGCUGUUCAGGCACCCGUAAAUUAAAACUGAU